AUGCCCCCGAAGGUGACGCCGAAGAAGGACGGGCCGCAGCAGCAGCCGGAUCUCACGGCGAUUCUGGCGCAGCUCACCGCCUACUUGGAGAACCAGUCCAAAACACAGGAGGCUCUCCUUGAGCAGCUCUCCAAGCCGAAGGACAACGAGUUCCUGAUGGAAGCACUUUCCAACACCAUUCCGGAAUUUGUUUACGAUCCCCAAGGCGGACUGGUUUUCGACAAGUGGUACUCCCGGCACGAGGAGGCCUUCAACAAGGGCGGGGAGAAGCUGGAGGAAGCGGACAAAGUGCGGCUGCUCGUGCGAAAGCUGUCCUCGGUGGAUCACGACCGCUACGUGAACUACAUCCUACCGGAGAACCCACCGGACAGAUCGUUCCAGGACACGGUGGACACGCUUAAGGAGAUGUUCGGGCACCAAACGUCCGUGUUCUUCCGGCGCUACCAGUGUCUGCAGACGACCAAGCGGAAUGCUGAGGAUUUCGUCACGUACGCCAGUACCGUCAACCGAGCGUGCGAGGAUUUCAACAUCCGGACGAUUACCUCCGACCAGUUCAAGUGCCUGGUGUUUGUCGCUGGUCUGCAGUCGGAGCGGUACAAGGACAUCCGGACCCGGUUGCUGGCGAAAAUGGAAGGCGAGACGGCGGAGCACCCGAUGACUCUCAAGAAGCUGUUAUUGGAGUGCCAGCAUUUGGACAACCUCAAACACGACACUGCUGUUAUUGAGGGUCCGAAGCCGGCCGUCAAAGCGGUCCAGCAGGAUCGCAGCGGCUUUCGCGAGUCGGGCAAACCGGAACGGAAGUUCGACAACAGGAAUCCGGCCAAGGCAACCCCACGACGUCCGUGCUGGCAGUGCGGGCAGAUGCACUUUGUUGCAGACUGCUCGUACACGAAACACACCUGCAAGACGUGCGGCAAAGUGGGACACAAGGAAGGAUACUGUGCUUGCUGCUCCAAACCCUCCGGUUCCGGAGAAGGUGCAUCACACACAGCACCCGGAGGCGGCAAGAAGAAGCACAAAAAGAAGCGGGCCGACGGCGGGGGACACUCAAACGGAGUGUACGCUGUCAACAAGGAAGGUGUCGUCGGACGGCGCAAAUUCGUGGAAGUUCUGAUCAACAACGAACCGAUCGAACUCCAGCUCGACUGCGGAUCGGACUACACCAUCAUCUCGACGGAUUCACUUCCCCUGCUCGGCAACCCAGAAACCAUUCCGACGGAACUGCGGGUGGCCACAGCCUCAGGCAAACCCCUUCCGCUGGAAUUGGAGUUCGAGUGUGACGUCACGUUCCGCGGGACCACCAAGCGUUCCGUGUGCUACGUCACUCCUGUGCGCGGUUUCAAGGUUCUUGGGAGCGACCUGAUGGAAGCUUUCGGGCUGUACGACAUUCCGAUCAACGACUUCUGCAAGCAACUCACUACUGCGGAGGACUCGUUGGCGUGUGGUGCUGCGCUGAAGGCGAAAUUUCCGGCGGUGUUCCAGGAAGGAAGAUCCAGCUGUUCCUGA